AUGGAGAAUACCCCUCUAAACGGCGACUUCGUCGUCAGCAUCCGUGGCGGGAUCUUAGAGAACAGACAUUUAGUCAACGCCGCCGUCGUUGAUGCUACCGGCAAGCUCCUCUACACAUUAGGCAACCCUUCACGGUUAACUCUCCUUCGUUCGGGGGCUAAACCUAUCCAGGCUGUACCUGCGGUAGAGUCCGGCGCGUUGGAUCAGUUUGGCUUUGAAGAAGCCGACCUAGCGCUCAUGUGCGGCACUCAUAGCAGCGAGGAGAGACAGGUAGAGCGGGCAAAGGCCAUGCUGGUUAAGUCGAAUAUUAAAGAGAGCGAUCUCCAAUGCGGCACCCAUCCGGCCAUAUCUCCUGCCCUUAACAGAGCCUGGAUCGAAAAGGGAUUUACGCCUACUCAGGCUUGCCACGCUUGUUCUGGCAACCAUAUCGGUAUUAUGGUUGGUGCAAAGGGCAUUGGCGCUAGUAUUGUCGACUACCAUACUUCAGAUCAUCCAAUUCAAGCUAGGAUCGUAUCUAUAAUAGAAGAUUUAACUGGUCUUAAUCCCGGCGAGGUCAAACUGGCCUUAGAUGGCUGCAAUAUUUACUCGCCAGCGGCACCACUGCAUUCUAUCGCCAUCAUGUACUCUGCUUUCGCUCAAGCAGCAGACGAUGUAGCGAAAGCGAGCAGCUCGGUAUCCCCACGCAUACAAGCGAUGGCUCGAAUUUACAAUGCAAUGGCACGGUUUCCGGAGAAUAUUGCAGGCGACGGUCGCUUCUGUACUAUCUUGAUCGAUGCGUACAAGGGCGCGCUCAUUGGAAAAGGGGGCGGAGACGGCUGUUAUUCUAUCGGGAUUCGCGAGUCAGAGGAUACACGGCGACUUGGUGCUAAUGGCAGUAUUGGCAUUGCGCUUAAGAUAGAAGAUGGUAAUUACGCUAUUAUGGAAGCGGUUGCGGCGGAGAUCCUCGAGCAGUUAGAUAUUGGGUCGAUUGAAGUACGUCAACGAUUUGAUAGGUUCCAUCGCGGUGAGAUUAAGAACACCAUGGGAGUAGUUACUGGAGAGUUGUCUUUUCCGUUUAAGCUACGGGCCGCUUAA